UCACCACCACUAUGAAUCAGCCUGAUGUAUAUAUAUAGCACUUAAAAGGAGCUCAUUUUCCACAUAACCAAGUUCAAAAGUCUUCAUUACUCAUAAGCUCCUAUAACAUUGCUUCAGCUAAAAAAAAUCUAUCUAAUCAUGGACAUGAUCACAAGCAUAGUGAGUGAUAAGGCUGUGGUGAUAUUCAGCAAGAGCACCUGUUGCAUUAGUCAUUCCAUCACAUCACUGAUUAGAAGUUUUGGGGCAAACCCCAUAAUCUAUGAGCUUGAUGAAGUUGCAAAUGGGAAGCAGAUUGAGAGGGCAUUGCUUGAAAUGGGGUGCCAGCCAAGUGUUCCAGCUGUGUUUAUAGGACAGCAAUUCAUUGGUGGUUCUAAAACAAUCAUGAGCUUACACCUUCGGAAUGAGUUAGUGCCACUUUUGAUGAAUGCCAGAGCUAUAUGGAUUUGA